GCACUUCCACCAUGAGAAAAAGUAAAAGCUUAACUGUACCAUUUAUUUUACAAUAAAUUAUUAUUAUUUAAGUGCUGGUUUCCACUACUGCUGAUGGCAUUUUAUUCCAUAACAUCAUGCAGUUACCUAUGUUUGAAAAAUAACACUCUUUUUAACCAAAGCCUAGUCUGUCUUUUUUUUCAAAGUUUAAUUUCAUGUUCUGUCAACUUCAGAACAUAGCACAAAGAAAUCAAGAGGCAUUUAUUCUACUGAUCCAAUGGAUAAUCUUGAAUAUGGCAAAUGCAGGUAUGAGUAAACAUGAAACCAAGUCAGAAAUAGCCAAAACUAGUCGUCUUAGGAAUACAUUACACUUUCCAGUGUUCAGUAAGCUGCCUUGGGAUAAUACACCCAGUUUUGAGUACUAUGCUUUAAAAAAUUGUAUUUUAACUCCAAAUCGCCACUGGUGUUUUAUUGGUGAAGUCCAUGCUAAACCACUACUGUUACUUCGCCAAAGUGUUUGGGUAAGAGAUUUGGAAGGAAAUGAUAACAUCCAUGUGGCCUUUUAUCCUGAAACUGGAACCUUUGAUUACUCUGAUUUGAAGGUUGGAAACACAUUAUGUGUAAGGUAUGCAGAAAGACACCAUUUUUUAGAUUUUACUGCAGGGUUAAGACUAGAGCAAUUAGACUUUGUUAUGGUCAUUCCCACUUCCCUUAAAACAUUACUAGAAAUUUCAGAUUUCAGCCCAGAAGCAAACAAUACCUAUUGUUGGAUAUGUGGAAUUAGCAAGAGUGAAAAGAAGCUAUUAAAAUGUGGUAAGUGUAAUGUGGCCAAGUACUGUAGUAAAGACUGUCAAAUAUCAGACUGGAAAAGACGACACAAUGAGUGGUGUCAGGCAAUCCCAGGAUACAAGAAACUGGUGGAUAUUGAUUCUGAUGUGACAGAAAACAAUUUUGAUUACAAAGCCUUUCGUUGAUAUUUUUUAUAAAAUCAUAUCGUGCAUAAACUAUAUAUACAUAUUAUUCAUGUUCUAAUUAAUACUAAAUUAGAAGUUUUUCUUUAGCUUUUGAUUAAUUACAGUUUUUUUUAAGUAUUUUCAUGUUGUAAUAAAUCUCAUGGUCAACAGAAAAACUUACUGUAUAAGGGCUGUUAAGAGUAUAAAU